AUGAAGUGCAUCAUCGUGCUCGCCAUUACCACUCUCAUUGGCAGUAUGCUGGCUGCGCCCCCUGACCACAAUGUCAUGACCGGCCUCGAGUCUUCUCAAGCGCACGUCACCGGACUGGCCAGCAAUGUUAAGCCACAUGUCAACUCCGAUGGUGGCAGUGAAUCUACAGGAUGGCCGGGAGUGUGCAAUCGACCUGGUUGUACGGCAGGUGGCAGUGAGGUCUGCGAGCCAUGGUGUUCAAACUACAAGGCCAGUCAAACCCUCUCAUGAGACUACAACUUGAAGUUCCAGUCAAAAAAAAAUCAAUCAAACCCACAACAAGAGCCAGAAAAUA